UAAACCUUUUUACAUUUUCGAUCAACUGUUCUUUCUCCGCCUUUCAUUAAAAUUAAACCAAAAAAAUACAAAAAUUAAAAUCGAAAUUCCAAAAACUUAACAAAAAGGAUUUACAGGAUGAGCAAUCCUAACGAGUGCGCCCUGGACCGCCACUUCGCCGCCCAGCUGCGCAACCUGCGAACGUACUCAAAGGAGCAUCCAGUCAGCGAGGAGGACUUUGCCAUUAGCCAGCUCUGGAUGAACCACUUCCAGGAGGCCAAGGGAUCUGAUAAGUUCGCCCGGAACUGUAUGAUGAUGUUGAUGUACGGACAGUUGCAGGAGAUCGGUCACUUGAGUAAACCCUUCACUGAAAUGGAGAACAUGAACCGCUCCAUGGAUGAUCUGCUGAACGAGUACAAUGGGACAACGGUGGAGGAGCAGUCGCCGGUGGUCGAGGAUGUCCAGGAAACGGAAACCAAUGCCUCGAGCUAUGGCGGUGGGAGUAGUCGAUGCUCGCUUGCGAUCCAGCCACUUCCCACACCCGAAUUCGAGGGCAUUAAACAGGCCAACCGGGAUCUAAUUAAGGAGAUUGACUCGCUGCACAUCCGCACGGUGGAAUCGGAGAGGCUCUACAGAAGCAGGAACCAAAUGCUGGAGGAGAAGGUGGCCGACAAGUACAUGGGGGGCAAGCCAGAGCUCGGUCAGGAGAGUGUCUAUCUGGCCUGCCGGACGGCGAUCGAACUUUUAAAGAAUUGGCCGGGCGAUACAGUCCGGCUCAACUUCCUGGCCACCUGCCUGGAGCCAUUCCUCCGGACGGAACUGAUAACCAGUAUACAGAUCGCUGAGCUCGAUCUCAGUUUGGAGGACAUACUGAAUAACAUGGUGAUACAGGCCUGCUCGCGAAUGGACGACAAUGUCCGGAUGCUUUAUGAUCACAUUUUGAGGCAUGACAAGGACGGGCUCAAGGAGAAGGAGGGGAAGCUGCGCCGGCUACACGAAUCCUUGAGGCAGGAGCGUCAGAGGCUGCGAGUUCUUUCCGAGGACCUGAAACAGCGCGAGGAUUUCAUUUGGAGGCACCAGGCCAUCGCUACAUUGGCAGUCACAGGACUUCCGCCCGAAGAGCUGGUCAGCCCCAGCAUCUCAAAGUGCCAGUUGUGUCACACAGGCAAUUCCUUCAGAACAGGACCAAUAGAUCAAACAUACAGGAUUGGCAAAUUGGAAAAACCCCAAAGCGCCGAAGAUCUGCAAAAGCUAUCCGAUGCACUCAGCGAUCUGUCCGUAGACAAAUGGUAAUCCUCUUACGAUAACCCCCUGCCCACACACUUUCCUAUAUAUUUUCAAUUUUCUUGUUCGAAUCAAUAAAUCGUUGAGUUGUUUUGAAAA